UCUAAUGUUAUUCUCCAUCAUUGCUCUUCUUACUUCAUAUUUUGCUAACCUGCAAUGUGCCAUUUUUGAAUGAGAAUCACAUUGCGUUUGCAGUGACGCAGCAUCUUGCAUCAUUAUUUCCUGGAAGACAUAGCAAAACAGCUGCAAAUAUCUCUCCUACUUUUUUCACCUUUCCCCUUCUUCCAGCUAGAACUUGAAGGACCAGAACCCUUUCCAGAAGGAUGGCAAAGUUGGUAGACGGCAAAGAAGCUGAAUCUUUCAGUAUUGAGCUUGAAGAGAUAGGGAGGAGCAUAAGGUCAUCCUUUCGGAUUGCUGCCGCGAGUUCUCGGAGAAGCUCCAGCAUCUGUUCUGCAAGGGAGGAGGAUGAUGAGUAUGAGUUAAAAUGGGCUGCCAUCGAGAGGCUGCCCACCUUUGAGCGAAUAAGAACGUCAGUACUUGAUCACUACAGGAAUGGAGAUGGCGAUGGAUUGCACAAGGAGAGGAGGGUGAUUGAUGUUGCCAAGCUUGGAGCACUAGAAAGGCGCUUGCUAAUUGAGAAUCUCAUCAAACACAUUGAGAAUGAUAAUCUUCGGUUGCUGCAGAAGCAAAGACAGAGAAUAAAUCGAGUAAAUGUGGAAAUUCCCACUAUUGAGGUGCGAUACAAGAACCUAUGCGUGGAAGCACAGUGUGAGGUAGUUGAAGGGAAGCCCCUGCCCACCUUAUGGAACACCGCAAAGAGCAUGCUUUUUGAUCUUGCCAAACUGACAGGCUUCAGGACUCAAGAAGCUAAAAUUAGCAUUUUAAAAGACAUCAGUGGGAUCAUCAAGCCCUCCAGGAUGACUCUUUUACUUGGACCACCAGGCUGUGGAAAAACUACUCUUUUGCUGGCACUCGCCGGGAAACUGGACAAAUUCCUCAAGGUAACAGGAGAAGUUUCUUACAAUGGCUUCAGAUUGGAGGAGUUUGUUCCUGAGAAAACAUCAGUUUACAUUAGCCAAUAUGAUUUGCAUAUUCCUGAGAUGACAGUGAGGGAGAUAUUGGACUUUUCAGCACGCUUUCAAGGUGUUGGGAGCAGAGCAGAAAUUAUGAAGGAAGUGAUCAAAAGGGAGAAGCAAGCAGGAUUCAUCCCUGAACCUGACAUAGACACAUAUAUGAAGGCAAUAUCAGUGGAAGGAUUAGAAAGAAGUCUUCAAACGGACUACAUCUUGAAGAUCAUGGGACUGGACAUCUGCGCAGACACAAUUGUAGGGGAUGCCAUGAGAAGAGGCAUCUCAGGUGGACAGAAGAAAAGACUGACCACAGGAGAGAUGAUUGUUGGACCAACAAAAGUUCUUCUUAUGGAUGAGAUAUCAACUGGCCUAGACAGCUCAACUACCUUCCAGAUUGUUACUUGCCUCCAACAAUUGGCACAUAUUUCAGAAUCUACUGUGGUGGUUUCACUUCUUCAACCGGCACCUGAGACCUAUGAUCUCUUUGAUGACAUUAUUUUAAUGGCUGAAGGGAAGAUAGUAUACCAUGGCCCUCGUAGUCAUGUUCUCAACUUUUUCGAAGAAUGUGGAUUUAGAUGCCCAGAAAGAAAAGGAGUAGCUGACUUUCUCCAGGAGGUGUUGUCCCGAAAGGAUCAAGAGCAGUAUUGGUUCCAUCUAGAUAAAAGCUAUAAUUAUGUCUCUGUAGAUCAAUUCACUCAAAAAUUCAAAGCAUAUCACAUAGGACAGAGUUUACAUGAGGAGCUAUCAAAGCCUUAUGGCAAUUCCCAAUGCCAUAAAAAUGCUUUAGCAUUCAGUACUUAUUCACUAUCAAAAUGGGAACUAUUUAAAGCUUGCAUGGCAAGGGAACUGCUUCUGAUGAAGAGGAAUUCAUUUGUGUAUAUAUUCAAAACAACACAGCUGGCAAUUAUUGCAAUCAUAACAAUGACUGUAUUCCUGCGUACGCAUAUGCGGGUUGAUUUGGUUCAUGCUAAUUACUAUAUGGGUUCACUCUUUUAUGCACUCCUGUUGCUUAUGGUGAAUGGAUUCCCAGAAUUGGCUAUGACAGUUUCUAGACUACCAGUAUUCUACAGGCAAAGGGACUUUUACUUUUAUCCUGCAUGGGCAUAUGCAAUUCCAGCUUGCAUCCUAAAAAUUCCAAUCUCAUUAAUAGAGUCUUUACUUUGGACAUCUUUUACUUACUAUGUUAUUGGAUAUAGUCCUGAGGCCGCGAGGUUCUUCCGCCAGUUCCUUAUACUUUUCCUCGUCCAUCAAAUGUCAUUAUCCCUUUUCCGUUUUCUUGCCUCAUAUUUCCAGACAUUCGUGGCUUCUACAAUUAGUGGCACCAUGUCUAUGCUAGCUAUCUUUUUGUUUGGAGGCUUCGUUCUCCCAAAACCCUCUAUACCUGGUUGGUUGAAGUGGGGAUUCUGGAUUUCUCCAUUAACAUAUGCCGAGAUAGGCUUAACUGUAAAUGAAUUUCUCGCACCAAGAUGGCAAAAGAUGUCAUCAACAAAUACAACUAUAGGGCGGCAAGUCCUGACAAGCCGUGGACUGAACUACAAUAGCUACUUGUAUUGGAUAUCAGUAGGGGCAUUGCUUGGGUACAUUCUACUUUUCAAUGUUGCAUUUACAUUGGCCUUAACUUUUAAAAGAUCUAUUGGGGUCUCUCGUGCUAUUAUCUCUCGUGCAAAGCUUUCCCAGAUGCAAAGAGGAGGAGAUAAAGAUAACUCAACAGUCCUACCAAACCACUCCAGAAAGGCACCCCAGACAAGUACUGCUGAACCCAAAAGAAAUGGAAGGAUGGUUUUACCUUUUAUUCCCCUAACAGUGACAUUCCAAGAUGUGAAUUACUAUGUCGACACUCCACUGGAAAUGAGAGAACAGGGUUAUGCAGAAAGAAGACUCCAACUGCUCCACAAUAUCACCGGUGCAUUCGGGCCUGGUAUCCUUUCAGCACUAAUGGGUGUGAGUGGAGCAGGGAAAACCACUCUUUUGGAUGUUCUUGCUGGAAGAAAAACUGGAGGUCUUAUUGAAGGAGACAUAAGAAUUGGAGGGUAUCCCAAGGUACAAGAAACUUUCGCCAGGAUAUCAGGUUAUUGCGAACAGACUGACAUACAUUCUCCACAAAUUACCGUGGAAGAAUCCGUAAUGUAUUCAGCUUGGCUGCGUCUACCCUCUCAAAUUGAUUCAAGAACAAGACAAGAAUUUGUAAAUGAAGUCCUUGAAACAAUUGAGCUUGAUGAAAUCAAAGAUGCUUUAGUUGGCAUACCUGGAGUCAAUGGUCUAUCCACUGAGCAACGAAAACGACUAACAAUUGCAGUGGAGCUUGUUUCAAAUCCAUCCAUUAUAUUUAUGGAUGAACCAACAUCAGGCCUAGAUGCUCGAGCAGCUGCAAUUGUCAUGCGUGCGGUAAAAAAUGUUGCCGAAACUGGAAGGACAGUUGUCUGCACUAUACACCAACCUAGUAUUGAGAUAUUUGAAGCAUUUGAUGAGCUAAUUUUAAUGAAAAGGGGAGGGGAGUUAAUCUACACAGGACCAGUCGGACAGCACUCAAGUAAAGUUAUUGAAUAUUUUGAGGGUAUUAAUGGAGUACCACGAAUAAAAGACAACUACAAUCCAGCAACAUGGAUGUUGGAAGUUACUUCUACAUCAGUUGAGGUGCAACUUGGAAUAGAUUUUGCACGCAUAUAUAGAGAAUCAUCUCUGUUCAAGGACAAUGAAGAGCAAGUAAAACAAUUCAGUACACCACCACCCGAUUCAAAAGACCUGAACUUCCCAACUCGUUUUCCACAAAAUGGUUGGGGACAAUUCAAAGCAUGUCUGUGGAAACAAUACCUGUCUUAUUGGAGAAGUCCUUCAUACAACUUGGUGCGAACAGCAUUCACGGUCUAUGCAUCUGUGGAAUUUGCAGUAUUGUUCUGGAAUCAGGGAAGGACAAUAAACAAUCAACAAGACUUGUUCAACAUCCUGGCAUCAAUGCACAUGGCCACUGUCAUCACUGGGAUAAACAACUGCUCAUCAGUUUUACCAUUUGUUGCAACUGAACGCACCGUUCUAUGUCGGGAAAAAUUUGCAGGAAUGUAUUCUCCAUGGGCCUAUUCAUUUGCACAGGUGGUCAUCGAGAUCCCUUAUAUACUUCUUCAGGUAGUACUGUUUAUGUUCAUAGCAUAUCCAGCAAUUGGCUACUACUGGACGGCUUAUAAGUUCAUAUGGUUCUUCUAUACCAUGUUUUGCACAUUGCUCUACUUUGUUUACCUUGGGAUGUUGCUCGUUUCAUUGACCCCGAAUAUUCAAGUGGCUUCCAUAUUGGCAUCUGUUUGCUACACCUUACUAAAUCUCUUCUCAGGCUUUCUGGUGCCUCGUCCCCAAAUUCCAAAGUGGUGGAUUUGGUUAUAUUAUGUCUCCCCCCUGUCUUGGACAUUGAAUGGCCUCUUUACUUCCCAGUAUGGAGAUAUAGAGAAGAAGAUAACGGUGUUUGGAGAAACUAAAUCAAUUGCUUCCUUCUUAGAGGACUACUUUGGUUUUCACCACAAUCUUUUAGGACUGGUCGGUGUUGUUCUAAUUGCUUUCCCCUUCAUCUUUGCCUCCCUUUUUGCUUAUUUCGUAGGCAAAUUGAAUUUUCAGAGGAGGUAAGGGGGGACAGAUGUUUCUCUUAUGGAUGUGUAUCGGCCUCUAAAGGGAACAGGUAGUUAUACUAUGGCUCAAGUCGUGUUCAGGUUACCACCAAAUUGCCUGGAGAUGUUGAUGUAAAGUAAAAUUGUAGAAAAAGAUGCUUUGAUGACCUUACCAUGCGAACUCCAUGACUGCCAUUUCAAAAGCCUUUUCUCAGCUACACACUAUAUCUCAAGUUCAUAGUACUACUGUUCGUUACCUGCAAUGCUACUCAUCAGUCUUGUACUGAUUUUCUACUAAUUCUUUACUGAAUUCAGGGGAAGGUUUUCCCUCCUCCUCAUUCAAAAGAGAAGUUGUAAUUGUGGCAUAAAAUGACGUACGUUAGAAUUUGUAAUGGCAAU